AUGGACGACGAUAGCGACGACCCGCGCCAGGAUGAGCUCAGUUCUCUGCAGGCAAUCUUCCCCGAAAUCGAGCUCGACGACCACCGGCCCUUUUGCUUCACUAUCGAGCUGCCCGUUCAUCCCGCGAAACCCGUAACGGUCACCUUCCCGGCCGCAUCCAAUGCCGACGAUACAGUCGCCGCCCAGGUACCCGGCGUCGAACCCCGAGUCGACUCCCAUGAGCUCUCGCACCUUCCCGCCGUCGUGAUUCGCAUGGGCUUGCCCAAGGGCUACCCCUCCGACAAGCCCCCGAGUGUCAGCAUCAGUACAUCGCCGCCGUGGCUGUCCGAAGAUGUGACCAAAAAGCUGGAAAAUGACGGACCGAGAUUAUGGGAGGAGAUGGGUCGCGACAUGAUUGUCUUUUCCUACAUUGACCAGAUCCAGCAAGCGGCUGACGAUGUGUUUGGCAUGGUUGACGGAGCUGGCGCGUUGGAGAUCGACCCGUUGCACAAGAUUGCCAUUCUGGACUACGACAUUGAGGCUACUCGGGCGGCAUUCGAGAAGGAGACCUUUGAUUGCGGUGUUUGUCUGGAUCCCAAGAAGGGCUCAAUGUGUCACAAGAUGCUCGAUUGCGGCCAUAUCUUCUGUACUCAGUGCUUGCAGGAGUUCUACAGUAAUGCUAUUACGGAAGGAGACUUAGCGACUGUCCGCUGCCUCGCCCCCAAUUGUUCCAAAGAGCGCGCCGAAGCGGCGCGAGGAUCGGGCAAGGGAAAGAAGAGGAAGGUCAAAACCUCGAUCAGUCCUAGUGAACUGCUUCAGAUGGGGCUACCCCAUGACAUGGUGACUCGCUACGUGACGCUCAAGUACAAGAACGAACUCGAAUCCGACAAGAAUACGAUCUACUGCCCCCGAUCUUGGUGCCAGGGUGCGGCCAGGUCCAAAAAGCACAGGAAGCCCGAGGGACUUGAGACGAUCGACGAGAGUUCGGAUGAAGAGACCGAUGACGAGACCGACGCUGACGGAGAAGACGGCGCGGGCGAAAAGAAGAAAAAGGCGAAGAAGAACUUCCAGGCUGAAGAUCUGAUAGCCAUCUGCGAAGACUGUGGGUUCGCUUUCUGCAGCCGCUGCUACCAGUCAUGGCAUGGCGAGUUCAUCAGAUGUACGCCCAAGCGUGACAAGGGCGAAAUCUCUGAAGAGGAACAGGCCUCAAUCGAUUACAUCAACCUGCAUACGACGCCUUGCCCUACGUGUGGCGUCCCGGCGCAGAAGACUCACGGCUGCAAUCAUAUGAUCUGCUUUCGCUGCGCCUCCCACUUUUGCUAUCUAUGUUCGGCCUGGCUCGACCCGAGAAAUCCGUAUGCCCAUUUCAAUGAACAGCCCAAUGGCAAGAUCACUUCCUGCUACAUGCGCUUGUGGGAGCUUGAAGGCGGCGACGGUGACAAUGUCGACAUUGGCUUCGCUGGUGGUCAUCAGAUCGAGCGGCUUUUGGAGAUCCCGCCUCCCGCACCUCCAGCUCCGGUUAUUGACCUUGUUCCCGAGAUCGAAGAGCCGGACGACAGCGAUUCGGAUACAGAGGUGAACGAUGCGGAUCGGCCAGCACGUCCUGCGGCGGGUGGUGUUGCUCGAGAGGGGCCGCUUGUUUUACGUAUCGAGGCCAAUCCAGCUCCCAGAGGAGGUCGAGGAGGAGCAGGAAUCGGAGUAGCACUUCAUGGUCCCAUCCCGCCAGCCGCUCCACAGGCACCUCCCAAUCCUGCGAGAAGAGGAUUUCCAGCAGCUCGAGGUGGCCGUGGCGGCCGUGGAGGUCGGGGCGGUCGUGGUAAUCACAGAGGCGGACCUGGGCAGAACCAGCAGCCGGAGGCUCGACGGGGGGCGCCUCCCCGUCGGCAUGAAGACUUUGACCCCGAUAUGGUCGAGGGUUUGGGUGACGGCGAGCUCGAUGCAGCGCAGCAGGCUUGGAUCAGAAACUUUGUUCAAAUGGCGUUGGCAGACCAGGAAGGGGAUAGCGACGACGACUGA